ACAAUAGAUGGUUAAAUAUUUAUGAAGAAGAGAAUUUAUCUAGAGGGAGUAUAUUACAUCCCCUUUCCAUAUUUUCUGUAUUCAUUCACGUAGCAAUGAGCGCGCCUACUUCAAAGCGCCACGCCCAACACACACCAAUACCACCAUCUCCCUUCCUAUCAAUUUCAGAGCUCAUACUUCCAUGGCUAACACCUCAAGAACUCGCUUCCAUAUCCUGCACCUGCCACACCCUAUCCCACCUCUCCAAACUCAUCACCACCGUCCGAUCCUCCGACGCUUCCAGAUCAUUCGAACCCCUUCCCAUUCCUUUCAUCAACUCCGUCGAUUCUCACCCCUACACUUUCUUCCUCUACACCCCCACUUACCUUACCUCUUCCCCCAGUUUUGCUCGUCAAUUUUGGGGAAGUAAUGUAAACCCUAACCCUAAUUAUAAUACCCAUUUCAAUUUUGAUUCUUGUAUGGGAGUUUCUGACUCUGUUGGGUGUGAUUGUGGUGAGAUUUGUGAUGGGGAUUGCUCUUGUGCUGUGUUGUGGGGUGGUGAGAUGAGGACCGAGUGCGGAACGAGUUGUGAUUGUGAAUUGAGUUGUGGGAAUCGGGUGAGUCAAAAGGGUCUUAAUGUUGAGUUGAAGAUUGUUAGGGUUGAGAAUAAGGGUUGGGGUUUGUUUGCUGCUCAGCUCAUUCCUGAGGGAAAGUUUGUCUGUGAAUAUGCAGGUGAACUACUGACAACUAAAGAAGCAAAGAGACGGCAACAAGUGUAUGAUGAACUAGCAAAAGGUCGCCGUUUUUCAUCUGCUCUUUUGGUGGUGCGGGAGUUUCUUCCAUCAAGAAAAGCAUGUUUCAGGAUCAAUAUUGACGCCACAAGAAUUGGUAAUGUUGCACGGUUUAUAAAUCAUUCUUGUGAUGGCGGCAAUCUGUCUACAAUAUUGAUUAGAAGUUCAGGAGCUGUAUUGCCCCGGGUUUGCUUUUUUGCUUCCAGAGAUAUUCAUGCAGGGGAAGAACUUAGCUUUAGCUAUGGAGAUGUAAGGCUUAGACCGGAAGGAUUGCAUUGUUUUUGUGGUAGCUCUUGCUGUUUCGGCAUCUUGCCCUCCGAAGACACAUGACAGACAAUUGCUACCGUUCUGAAUAUUCAUGCUUUCCACUUUCCAGAAAAGGCAAUAAAAUUGGUAAACAUAUUUCUUCUUGUAUCUGCAUUCUACCAUAAAUUCUGUUAUAUAUAAAUAUCGUUUCCAUGAAAACAUGUAGGUGCUUUCAAAGUUACCCUUUACACUAUGUUGUUACAUGUUACUGAAUCUGUCAAGAGUUUUGAAAUUUAUGCAAUGACAAUUGACAAUAGUUGUUUUAUUAA